AGUAGCAAUAAGCAGGAAUUACGCAUCAAAGUGCAGGAAUUCAAUUUUGUAGUAUGCAAAUGCUGUGACUGAGUUUGUAGUACUGUAGAAGAAGCACAUAUUGGUGGACUGUCUUCCCGCCAUUUACUCCACUAUCCCCACCCUACACUACACUACACUACAGCACCUCUCUCUCUCUCUAAGGAAAAAAUGUUUUCUCUUUCUGGGUUUUCAUUAUUUCUCAAAUAAAACUCUCUCUCUCUCUCUCUCUCUCUCUCUCUCUAAACGAAAACAGUUCUGGAACCUCCCCUGCUAUAAAAGAGCAAGUUUUGAUUAGGGUUUUUCAAAACCACUUGGGAAAACAAACAAAAAGAAAUCAAAUUUGUUAUUGGGUGGCCAUAGCUUAAAUACCCCUUUUGAGCUCACACACCAACACCACUUACUCUUUGAGUCUUUCUUUGAAGACAGUGAGAGAAUCUCAAUUGAAUUAUGGUGAGACAUCAUCAUCAUCAGAGAGAGGUCUCUUCAUCAUCCACAGCAUGUAUGGAGGAUGAAAUGAAUCACAUGAAGCCUGCAUGGCUACAAGGUUUGAUGGGGGAGACAUUCUUUGGUGGUUGUGGGGUCCACGAGAACCGCAGGAAGAACGAGAAGAACGUCUUCUGUUUGCACUGUUGCCUCUCUAUUUGCCCACACUGCCUUCAUUCUCACCGCUCUCAUCCUCUACUUCAGGUUAGAAGAUAUGUGUACCAUGAUGUGGUUAGAUUGGGUGAUCUUGAAAAGCUCAUCGACUGUUCUUAUAUUCAGCCCUAUUCCAAUAACGGUGCCAAAGUGAUAUUCCUGAAUCAAAGGCCACAGUCAAGGCCACUGGCGAGGACUAAUUGCAACAAAGGCUUUGCUGCCAAUAUCUGUUUCACCUGUGACAGGAUUCUCCAAGAGCCAUUCCGCUUUUGUUCUCUCUCAUGCAAGGUUGAUCACAUGGUGCUCCAAGAGGAAGAUUUAUGCGGUAUACUGUACCGUUUUGAUGAAUCCGACUUCACAAUUUCUCAAUUCGAAGGACUACGGAUGGAUGGCUCGGAGGUGAUCGAUGACGAUGGCCAAAUGAUGUCUAGCUCUAUCCUAGAGGACCCUGAAAUGCAGUACAGAGGCUCAUCAUGCUCCAACAACAGCGAUUCGGUAAUGUCACGUGAACCGGAGGUCGUCGGCAAGAAGAAGAAGAAAGGGAUCCUCCCAGGGAUUAUGCUCUCCCUCAGCAGCAGGAGAAAGGGAGCUCCUCAGAGGGCUCCUCUUUCUUAAGUGAACAAACUAUGGAAACAGUAAUAAUAAUAAAUGGUUUUAGGGCUAUUAAUUAUUGGCACCAUCCUAUGAAAUAUGUUAUUAACUAGGUACUAAUUCUAAGUUUGGUCCAGGGUUAAUAUAGCUUUAAUUUCUGUAAUGUUAUCGUUUGUAUUAGUGAAUGUUAAUUACGGGGUAAUGUGCAUGGGAGCAUUUCCAUUGCUUGGCUUUAGGUGGCUGCAGAGAGCUAGAUAUUAUCUGAUUAUCUGAAGGGUUUUUGGGCUCUCAGCCCUACCAAUUUUGUAUGUAAGCUAAGGCAAUGGACCUUGCUGGUACAUACUAUAAGUUUAUUUGCUUGGAGUAAUUAAGCUAUCAACAUUCUUCUACUGUUUGUGCUGGACCGGUCAAAUUGAUCUCCAUUCA